CGCAAUUGUUUGAGGUCACGUAAAUUAUUAUAGUACGAUGAUAACGUUCUCGUUUUAGUUCACUACUUGUUUGAAGUUGUAGACUAAAAAAUACAUUUUCAGCCAUGUAUUCUGGAUAUGGUUGUGGAAAAUUAAAAGCAUAACUUUAAAAUCGGGCACACUGGUUUUCUCAAUUUAAUUAUAGUGUAACAAGUGUUAGUUUGUUAAAAAAAAAAAAUAACUAAUAGUAUAUACCGGCAGCGCUGUGUGACGAUAACUGUUUGAACUAAGUACAUCAAAUGCUUAUCGAUUUUUGAACUGUAUAGUGGGGUUAGGUCGGUGGGGUAGUCAACGCCUACGUUGACAAAUUACUUUUCCAUUUUUAUCGUCAAAGUCGUCAAAGCGUAUCAACGCGUAUUGUGGUGUGGCGAAAUUGACUGUUUCAGAAACUAUUACCAAUCAUCAAUCUAUAAUUUAGUUUGAAAAAUUUAACGUUCGAAAUGGCUGAGACAUUUGAAGAUUUAGCUACACUGGAAAAAUUUAGCAAAACAUAUCCACGAGCAUUUUGGUCUCCUGAAAUGUUUAAUAAAUACAAUAGCGUGUACAAUAUUUAUUUGCACAUUGAUUUAGAUUCAAUUGAAGGUCGUGGAAUUUCAAUUACUGCUGCUAAAGCAUGUGCAAUUAGGAUGUACAAUUCCAUAAUUUCUUCUGAAAAAAUGAGUAAUAACAAAAAUGAAAUAGAUAAAUCAGAAAAUAUGACGAACAAUUAUGCAACAUCAGGAAAUACAUCUCAUUUUGCUGAGGAUACUCAGCUAUCUGACUGUUCCAAAAACGCAGAAUCAACAUUGUCAUCAACCGAAACUCUAGAUCAUAUCGAUUGACAUUUUAAAAACGAUAGAUUACGCAUACUGCAUGAUUUUGAAAAAGCAUACAAGUUGCUAUGCAAUUGGUCUCCCAUUAAUAAUCAAUCAUCCGAUAUAGACAGUACAAAGAUUGCAUUAAACAUAGGUGAUUAUCGAUUUGAAGGAAGUGGUCGUACGGAAGUUGAAGCUAAAUUAGUCGCAGUAAAGAAGUUCUAUUCAAGCCCUGUCGAUAACUUUUUUGAAAUAAGUAAUCAAAAUAAUGAAACAGAAACUGUAGUAACAUUGGGUAAUACACCAACGAAUGAUCAAGGAAAUUUAUCUCAUUGUGCAGAUACUAAGCCAUCAGACUGCUGUGAUAAUCCGGCACCGAUGAAAAGUAGUGAAGAACCAGGAAUUUCUCCAUUUCUUCAAAAUUGCCCCGACGAGAAUACUACAGCACAAUGCACUUUUAUGGAAAAUUACAAUCAACGAAAUAGUAUAUGGUCUCCUUUUUCUCUUGUAGAUAAAAAAACUACAUCCAAUAAAAGUGUUAAGGUUAUUUUAAGGAUUGGUAAUAAGAAAUUUCAAGGUCAAGGUUUUAAAAAACGUAAUGCUCAAUUUAAUGCGGUAAAGAAGUUCAAGCAUAACAUUUUAUAUACUCAUAAAGAGGGUGAAAAAACAACUUUUAUAGACAAUUUAAAGAUGCUUGUAAAUAGUUAUAUCAAACCGCCCGGCAUUCAAUAAUAAAUUGAACAGUAAAGACGGUUCUUAAUGGUAACAAAGGUACUGUUACCAUAUUUUGCUAAAGUUUUCUUCCAUCUCUUGUAUAGUAAUGUAAAUAAAUUAAAUAUUUCACAUUUCAUGUGAUUGUAUUUAACUAUAAAAGUGUGAUUCAUCCGAAAUAUAAUAUAUUCGCUAAUACAAAUUAGGUAGUUUUUGAUUAUUAAUGAUUGAGUUAUUUAUACAUAUAUAUAGUAUGCAGUAAUACAGUAUGUUCAAAGUACAUUUAUGCCCUAAUUUAAAUUUAAAUUUUUAAAUUAUUCCCUAAUCUAAAAUAUAAAUAUAAAUGCCACAGAUUUUAAAAUACAUAUGCACAUAAUAGGUAUAUACAUCCAUACAUAUUAGGUAGGUCGUAGGUACUAUAUUAAAUUGCUAUCUAAGUAUUAUUAUACCAGGGGUGGAUCCUUUUCCAGCCUUCAAAAAAAAAAACAUAUAUUGUUUUUCAUGUAACAAUUUUAACAUUUAGGUACCCAUUAAAAUAAUUUAACAGAAAUAGACUUUAUUUAUGAAUAUCUAUAAAAUAUGGCGGUUUUUAUCUUUGUAGUCUACAAGACUAGACCAGAUUUACUGUCAUGAAAAUUUAAUUAAUUUGUAACAUUUUUCUAAUUUUAUUCUAACUUUAAAAAAAGUUAAAGUUAGGUACCAUAUUUUGCUGAAGUGUUUAACGAUAAAUUUUCUUCCAUCUCUAGUAUAGUUAUGUAAAUAAAUUAAAUACUUCACAUUUCAUGUGAUUGUAUUUAACUAUAAAAGUGUUGUUUAUCCGAAAUAUAAUAUAG